GCCAUUUUGUUUGUUUAGUAAGAACGAAUUCUUGGCAAGCUCUCCAAAACUCUGGAAAACAAGGUUUUUCCGGUUUCAAACGUGACCCUCAGUAGAUUCUACACACAGUAGACAUUUUUACAAAGCGUUAUAGAGGUUGCUGUGUCGAUAUAAUGGCGUUUUGAUGCAGUUGUGGACUCCAGUUUUCCGAGCAGGCAGAGCGCGGGUUGCUUGAGAUGAGACGGGGAGAGACCUGUCCGGAGGCCGACCCCGGCGACAACCGGCGCCGAUCUAGCCUCUAAUCAUGGCAGCCAGGACCAUCAGUAGGAACAGGAACAUCCUCGAUAAGCUGGAGAUACGGGGAAUUUCGCGAGGAAGCCAGGUGAUUUCACACCAUCCUCUACCGGAGAAGCCGGAGGAUGACCUCCCAAACGACUACAUCAGGACUGUACACGAGGCGAUACGGCAGUACAAUGUCGCGCCGUCCGUCGAGAGUAGUAGCGGGAGGUCGUCACCAACCAUCGACCAGAGCAUGUUUUCCGCGUCCAACGGUUGGACGACAGAAACAGGGUCAGAGAGUGUGUACUCCUUCGGCGAGGAUGAUUUUGACAGGCAGGCCUCUCAGAAGGUACGAUACAUGUUCAAGGAAAUUGACGACAUGCUGUACGAAGGCCGGCAGAAGGGAAACCAGCAGAUCUAUAAUGAGUGCAAGGAGUGGGUCUCCAUGUUCCCUCACCUCAGAAUAUGUGGUGCACAGUUGCUGGAGCCUCAGGACCAGGGUUUCCGGCAUAUCCCCAGCGAAGGCACGGCGCGUCCGUCCACGGGAACUGUCGUCACAGACAUGGCGGACAUGGAUGAUCUGCAGGGGAUUGCUGUCCAGGGGACCCACCUGGACGUGCUGUCUCCUCCUGAAGCUGCCCUCCGCAGUAACUCGCCAAACUCCCCGUUCUCAUACCUAGAAGAGGAAAUAUUUGAGUGUGACGGAUAUGUAGAAGAAUAUUUAGCCUACGAUACAAGUAAUAGACAAGUAGAUGAGGACUCUAGGACAGAUUAUAAACUACGUUACACACUUAGUCGAAGAAAAAGAUUAGGACUCCCCCCAAUCACGCCCAACGCAUCGUUCAAGGACAACUUGGGAGCGGAGAUCUUCGCCAUGAUUUGGUCAGAGGUCAACUCAUGGAUCAGACAUUCCCUGAAGGUGCAAGUGGACCAGGCUUUGCGGGAGGAGGCUGAGAAGCAGCUUGCAGAGAUGGACUUCGAUGAUGUGGAGUCGCCCCUCCCCCUGCGGGAGCUGCCACCUCCCUCUCGGGAAGGCUUCAGUGGCUUCAGGCCUUCUAUGGGCCGCUAUCCCAGCACCCUGGCCACAUCGUCCUUCAUGGACUACAACGCACUGAACGGGGUCAUGACGAUUACCACCAAGCCCAUCCUGGAGAGGGCAAACACUUCCUUCCAGGAGCGCAGUGAUGACUCGCCCGUGCGUGCCGGCUCCUCCAUGAUGAUAGCGAGCGGGAUACGGGGCCGACCGCCCAGUACAAGAUACGGGUACAGGCAGCCUUCGGCGCGGGGUCGAGUGGCCAGACUGGCACCCAUCCCCAACUAUGACAGAUCGCGCACGCCGGCGUUGGAUGCAGAUGUGGGCAUCAGGGGCACAAGACUGCAACCAGACAGCAGGUUGUCGUCCCCGCCCCAUGUGCUGUCGCCCCAGCUGACCAGCACCUACCGGAUCGUCAACAAGCACCUGCCGCCGCUGUCCCACCCGCAGGAAGCCUUCGAGAACAGCCUUCCACACGCCUCCGCCAAGGCGAAAAAGGGUCUGGGGUCCAGAGCAUCCAGUGCCGUCAUUGAUGAAAACGGGAGAAGAACGUCAAAAAUUAUCCAGUUCAGCCCGGAAUCGCGGCCCAACACCACACACACAUUCAGGGCGGACACCCCAUUUGGUCUUCGGCGCUCGUCUACUCCAAUGGGGACAAAUAAUAACUUCAGAACGAGUGGGUCAGCUUUAGGGAACCCAGUCAUCCCGGGGGUGGUGGGCUACGGCAUCUCAAGCUCCGCUACCCAGAUGGACCCACAUGUCAAUCAUCCUGAGGAGAUGGAGGAUGAGGAGGAGUGGGGCAACAGUGAGAACUUCCAGAUCCCGAGGACAUCCUCAUGGGGUCACUCUGGGUUGAGCCCCAGCAACAACCCGUAUGCACGUGGGCGAGGGAAGCUGGGCAGUCUGGUCAGAUAACCUCCGUGGUGCCGCUGCAACUCCUGCUACUUCUCACUGUCAAGUGCCAAGUCCUGUAUCAUAGCAAUACUCUUAUUUUCAGAAGGGGCAACAUGGGGUCACCAGUGCAGCAUACACUUCUUAUGUCCAGUUACUUUGUAUCCCCUACAACACCCCACCUUCUUCGAAAGUUGUUUUAGAACCUAAUGUUUUGUCAAAAGUUUUGUGAUAUGUUCAUCAUUUCAUGGCCAAAGCUACUGAGCAUUUUUCUCUGAACAAGGCCACCUUCUAAUGACAACCAAGCUUUUCCAGAAGUGUUUAAGAAAAGCAAAAUAUCUAAAACAGGCUGCAGUUAUAACCAAUGCUGAAGCAUGGAGUGUUAACGAGAGGCUGUAAUAACGUUGCCCCUAAUGCCCUAUACUCUGAAAAUGUACUGCUAAAAUGACUUAUGGACUGUGUUUACAAGCCUAUUUAUGUUGCUUAUUCAUUUGGUUGAUUUCAGAUAUGUCUAAGACUUGCGUAGCUUUUGUCAGCAACAGAAUUUUUGCAUUUUAAUUGAUUCAUUGUCUCCACUUCUUCCUGGGAGGACCAUCUACAAUGUUGGUUUCUGGGUUUGCUUCGUUGCUUACCCACUUAUAUGUUAGUGCAUGUAUUGGUGUUAUAAGCGCAUUCCUGUUAAAUCAUGCCGUCAGGAAUGCAUCCGAGCCGUUUGUUUCAACCGAUUUCUGCUCUCUUUACGGGUAUCCUCCAACUGCCACUAGAAAUAGACAUUCAAGGUCUCAUAGCAUCUGUCUCAUUGCAUGUCUUUACAGUCCACUGGCAGCUAUCCUCAUUGUUGUUUGUGGGAUUUCAAAUGUGAAACACAGUACACAUUCUGCACAAAACUUUCAUGCAUCAGAUAUAUUCAACAUCUAAAAGCUCUUGAUACAUUCUCGAGCUUAUGGGAAGAGUACAGCAUUGCAAAUCAAAACAGUUGUUACAUAGCCACAAGCCACUCAAAAGCAUCAACAAUCAAAAGUUCCUAAGUAGUAAAAUGAAGCAAAGCAAAAAAAACCUCUUAGCAACGACACAAAAUACCUCGUAGAAUUUUGAGAAAGGACAACUUUUGUUUUGUUGCUUUUGUCCUUCUGUUUACCUGUUACAUACUUUUGUUUUCUUAGUGGUCUUGUCUUGGUGAUUUUUUUUGACGUCGGACUUUUUCAACCUUGUCUAUAGGCAUGUCUUGAAAACUGUUGUCUUUGAAUUGGAACUUGUACAGAUGUAUCAUAGAUGUUAUCAGCCAUUUUAGCGGCUGAACAUGAUUGUAAAGUAUCGCUUUAAUAAGGUACCUAAGUGUAUACAAUUAUUUGUACAUAGCUGUGAUUAUAUAUAUACAUAUACCCUGUCUUGUUGAUACAAAUGUAUGUCCAAGGCAGAGUCUUACAAUAUGUAUCUGAAAGAAAAAAAUAUCUUAACUCUCCUACGUUUUGUGUACUAUAUACUAAGCAAAUUAACUCAAAUGUUGUGGUUGUUGAUAACUCAGGAAUGCAGAUUUAAGAAUGAACUUCCUAAUUUGUAAUAGACAAUAAUGUUUUCUUGUCAGCAAAAGUUCACUCUUUGAUCCAUUGUAGUUCAUUCUUCAGUCUGCUUCUGUGACUCCCUCUAACCCAAUGUGCAAGUCAGCAAGUUGUGAAACUGUGCAAUUUUAGCAUCUUAUUGCUGAUCUGACAGUGGCCAAUGAUAGAAAGAAUUUCGAAAGUCAGGAAAAGUUAAAAUAACAAAUGCUACACAUCAAUGCAUGCAAGCAUCCCCAGACAAGUCAGUACCUGUCUCCAAGAUAUACCCAACAUCACUGUCAAGUGAUAGUUCAAAAAGUUUGUAAGGAAAUUUGAAACAUACUACAAUGUAUAUGUUUUACCAGCAGAAUUGGCUAUUCUAAUCUUAUGAUUGACUUAAUACCAAGAAUUAUACCUUUGUUUUCUACUAAAUGUUACAGAGUGCUUUGAAAUGUCAAAAUGAGUGUAUGGAAAAAAAAGUACUACCAUAAAAUGGUAAAUUUACUAAGCAUGUCCAUUCCUAAAUCUUGAAUAAAUACCAACAAGUUGUGUUGGUAUCCUACAGGUUUGAACUUGUUGGUUGUAGUGAUGCCUUACAUGAUUUAAGCCCUCUGAUAUUUAUGUGACUACUUACCAUGUGUAUAGAGUAUUUUCUUACUGCUAGAUUUGGAAUUAAAACUUAUAUCCAGAUGCAAA